AUGGCUCUCACCUCAGAUUUGAAAAAACAAUCACAACUGAAAGAGGUGGCAGGGAUCCCCCUGCAGAGUACCACUGUAGACAACUGGAGCCAGAUCCAGAACUUUGAGGCCAAGCCGGAUGAUCUUCUCAUUUGUACUUACCCUAAAGCAGGGACAACAUGGAUUCAGGAAAUUGUGGACAUGAUUGAACAGGAUGCAGAUGUGGAGAAGUGUCAGCGAGCCAUCAUCCAACACCGCCACCCUUUCAUUGAGUGGGCUCGGCCUCCCCAGCCCUCAG